AUGGAAUAUUUAGAAUAUGCCAUUGAAUUGUGGCACUAUGUGCCCUAUAUAUUUUAUGCCUUUGUCUUCCUCACCCUAAUACCCAAAUCAUUGAGAAGAAUCAAUGAGUUUGCCAAGACCGAUUAUGAAGCAAAUCGCCAUAAAUAUCAUCGUUGUUAUGGACCCGAAUUGUGCUGUCAUGUCUUGGAGGGUGAUGAACAACAUUUGCCCAAACAAAAGCCACGUAAGGCAGUGACACGUGUCUAUCCCAAAAAGCAAGCCAGUGGCGGCAAAAAGGAAGAAAAACCCACAACAGCAGCAGCAGCCACUAACAGCCAUGAAGAACCUGCCAAUGUCUAUAAACGUCAGGUGCACACCCACACAAAUGUUAAUAAAAUUGCCAAAAUGUUUGAAAGUGGUGGUGUCCAAAAGAAAAUCAAUCGUGUUACACCCACAAUACUACCCGAUUUCCGUAGAUGUUCGUUGAAUUUUGAUGAUGAUGAUCAUGAUUUGUUUGAGCGGAAAGAGGUGAUAAGCACUAAGGUUUUGGAGGAUCAGCACAGCACGACUACGCCCAGGAAAAGAGAAAAUGUGGUGUUACGACGUUUGUCCAAACUUAGCCAAGAGUUGGAGGAGAAUAAUGAAAACUCAGCAAAUGUUCUUAAUCAAAUGCCAGGUGGCCACAACGAUUGGCACAGUGAAGCCAUAAAUAUUGAAAAAUCCCAACGUAGCCGACCGACAGCUUUAAAUUUAAGUGAUAUCAAUUCAGCAACACCCUCCACCAUGUCACCAAAUCACUCCUCCUCCUCACCACAAUCUUCACCACAUUCAUCCAAUUCUCCGUUAACAUUAUCGCCGGUGGAGAAAAAUGUACCGAUUUUAAAUAUGAAAUCCAGUCUGGAGGAUAUAUUUGCCGCCAUAGCCAAGAGUGCAGAAGACUCGGAUGGCUUCCUAUAUCGUGGUUGUAAUUCUCUAUCACCCGUAACCUCCAUCGAUGAUAUUCUGUCACAGCGUCGUUUAUCACGGCCCCUAUCGGCCUAUUCAAUAAGUGAUCUGCUGAAUGAUGAUCAAUCCGCCAAUAAAAGUGUCGACGAGGCAGCUUAUAUGGAGAACUUUUUAAAAGUCUUAAAUAAAACAUGA